GAAAUAUUGAUGAUUUCAAUGUCAAUACUACAAAGCCGGCUGAGCCCGCAGAUAGAUAACUAUCAGCCAGUAGAACAAGCAGGGUUUCGUUCUGGAUUUUCUACAACGGAUCAUAUUCAAGUUUUACAACAAGUAAUGGAGAAAUACAAGGAAUUCAACAAGCCACUUUACAUUGCUUUCAUUGACUACGUCAAAGCGUUUGAUACGAUCUCUCAUGAUGCUAUUUGGGAAGCGCUGAAUAAAUGCUACAUAAACGAAAACUAUGUAAGAGUACUGAAAGACAUUUACGAAGGUAGCGUAAGCCAAGUCAAACUGGAGACGCGAGGUCCUGAUAUACCGAUCCGUAGAGGCGUAAGACAAGGAGACCCUCUCUCACCUAAGCUGUUCAUAAUGGUACUACAACACGUUUUUGAUAAUCUUAACUGGCAGGCGGAAGGGAUUAGAAUUAACAAAGAUCGGCUUACACACCUCAGAUUCGCAGACGAUAUUGUCUUAUUUUCUGAAACAAGCAAAGGAUUAGAAAGAAUGAUAACAAGUUUAAAUGAAGAAAGCGAAAAGGUGGGCCUCAAAAUGAACGAAAAUAAAACAAAAAUAGUUACUAAUGAUUACAUUAACGCCAUAUACUUGAAAGGAAAGCCGCUUGAAUAUGUGAGCAAUUACAUAUACCUGGGAAAACAACUAUCAUUCGAUGACAAAAAUGAAGAACUAGAGGUGGAGCGGCGUAUCAACAUGAGUUGGAAAAAGUUUUGGUCCCUGAAGGAAAUCUUGAAAGGGGAAUUCCCCCUUUACCUAAAGAAAAUUGUGUUGGAUAUCUGUGUCCUACCUACUCUUACAUACGGAUGCCAAACGUGGACAUUCAGCACCAAAACAAAAAAUAAACUAAUAACAUGUCAAAAAGCAAUGGAAAGAAGCGUACUGAAAAUAAGAAAAAUACAAAAAGUAAAAAGCGAAAAAAUUAGACAAAAAACUAAAGUUAUAGAUGCCUUACAAUAUGCUUUAAAACAGAAAUGGCAGUGGGCAGGACAUAUAGCAAGACGCACAGACAAAAGAUGGACAUUACAGACAACUAUGUGGAAAGGACCAAAAGGAAAAAGAAGAAGAGGGCGCCCUAGAAAAAGAUGGAUAGACGAUAUAAAAGCGAUAGCAGGAAGCGAUUGGAUAAGGAAAGCCAUGGACAAAGGGAUUUGGAAGAAGCUGAAGGAGGCCUUUACCCGAGAAGGGGUUCCGAUCAUUGAUACAGGAGAAAGCAACGUUAGCGAAUAAAAGAAAAUUAAAGAAAUUCUACCCUAGUAUAUUUAGAUAUUAAAUCGCAUGUAAUAUAUUAUCAUUAUGGAUUGGAAAUAAACAGGCUUUAUUAUUAUUAUUAUUAUUGAUGAUUUUAGAUCAAUCUCAUUUUUAUAAUUUUACUACUGUAAUCGGGUUUUGUAAAUUGUAGAAAACAAUCUGAAAUAUUGUGAAAACUACCGUCUAUUAUUCUAAAAAAAAAACCUCCACUUUACGUCCUAAUUUUAUAAAAAUGUAUGAAGUGAAACGUAUCAUUGGAUAACCCCUAACCCCUUGAACGUCUGUGACCAGGAAACCUAAUAAAGUAUUCGAAAUGUUGAAUAUAAUAUAAUUAUAAAAAAACUCCAGGUUAAACCGUAAAAGUAAUUUUAAUUAUAAUACAUAAUAUGUUUAACUCUUAUUUAAGUUCUUCAAAGGUCCAAUGUUGACACAUACAAUAUUUAUUUACCAAUCAUUGAACAAUAUAAUGUAAUGUAACACGAAUAAAAUCGGCACACGGGCGGGGUCAACGAACUCGCGUGGCGCGGAGCAGAUACCUUCGCACUACACGUCUGGUUCUCAAAUUGUAACUUACUAAAACGUUUGUAACGUUUACCGCCAAGACUAAAGCUUCCAAUACGCGCUUACAAAUAGUCAUGACUUUAGGAUCGACUCAGAUUUUUUUUAAAUCAGUGAUGUUAAUUGGCAAGAAUUUUGCCGUUAUUUCUACUGGAAUAGUCUACAGACGCUGCAUUAUCUAUGAUGGCGAACUAUUUUAUGUGUUUUUUAUUAUGUCUGUUGUGUAUACUUAUGUGUAUUUAUAUAGUAUAAUAUAUACAUACAAUAAAACAUAUAAUAAUUAUGACUUUUAGUAAUAAUAAACAAAUGACGUACAGUCAUCUGGCCCAAUUUAGGAUUCCCUGUGUUAUGGGUACCAGAGACUGAUAAACAUACUUAAACAGUUUGAAUAUAUACAUAUAUAGAUAAUAGACACCCAUGCAAAGAACAAACGAACCUGUUUAUCACACAAUGCUUGCCCAAUGUGGGAAUCCAACCCAAGUCCUACGGCGCAAUAGUCAGGGGCGCUAUCUACUGCACCACCGAGUCGGUCAAGUAGAGUUAUUCGUCAAGUCAAUUCAAGUUAUUGGGAUAAAGAGAAAAAAUACAAAAUAGAGCGCAAUAACGUAUAUGUUUUAUGUUAAUGGCUAUUAUAUUAUUGGGAACUACCGCCCAACAACGACAACAACAAUAUCUUAAUUACUACACACACACAUUGAUGCCUUUUUUAUUGCCAAGCUGUCUUAAUUUUAUGAUAACAAAUACUCAAAACCCUAGGAUUCAGUGGUUAUAGUGUUGAUUGCGGUAACUCUCCGUGCCCCAUCCAGUUUAUGACCCGGGGGGAUCGGACGCUUAGGCGAAAGUGCAGGGUAGUCGGGUAGGGUUCUAAAUUCCAUCCCAUCAACAUCUGCGGACCGUUCAGGCCCACAUACCCGUGCGCCCCCUAGACGCGGGGACCUCGCAGGAGAUACGGCCCCAGGCCCGAAAAAAAAACACUCAGUAUCAGCUCAGCUACCUCCGUUUGCGUUUUUAUUUAUUUACGUGUAGUCUGAUAAGAAAAACAAUAAACGAUACUCUUAUUAAAAUUACGAUUUGACCUCGCGUUUGUCACGUCCGUUGUUCCCCACGACACGGCAGUCCGUCGUGACGUCGACAACUAAAGCAUUCGAUUCAUAGAUCAUUGUAAAUCGAAUAUUAAAAAAGCGACAUUAAAACGAAUAUGUAAAUUUAAUCGCAUCAUAAAACACAGCGAUAGCUCUAUCUCACGUGUCAAGUUGAUACGACCGUUAUCAGUGAGCUUAUUAAAUGUUUUUGUACAUUUAUCGUCUGUGUAUACUCGGUUAUCUGUUCGUUUGUUGAAUGUCAGUUGUGAACUGUGAAUUCUAUCGAGGUUUAGUGAAGAAAAAACCCAGAGAAAAUGCACUAUGACCUGAUCAUUGUGGGCAGCGGAUCCGUUGGUUCGUCUGCCGGCUAUUACGCCUCCAGAUCUGGGUUGAAGGUGCUGAUGCUGGACGAGCACACGCCUCCGCACAGCUCUGGGAGCCACCACGGAGCGACCAGGCUGGUGCGGUGCGCUUACGGCGAAGGCACCAGAUACAUUCCGCUCUUGAUACGAGCCAGAGAACUCUGGAAGGAGCUGAAUGAAUUGACAAAGACAAACAUUUACGAGAAGUGUGGAGUUUUGAACACGGGUCUAGGGGAUUCGAGUUUUAUUGAUAACGCUCGCAGAAGCGCUGAGAUCUACGGAUUGGAGAUUGAGAAUAUGACGGCUGAGGAUAUAAAGAAACGUUGGAACGGCAUUCAGGUUCCCGGGGAUUACGUCGGGGUCUUUGAGCCGGACGCGGGAUUCUUGAGAUCGGAGUUAGCUGUAAAUGCUUACGUCAAGCUAUCAAAGGAAGCUGGGGCUCAUCAAAUAUUCGACUGCAAAGUCUCGUCCGUGACACCGACUGAAAAUGAAGUUGUUGUCGAAACUGAAAAAGGCAUUUUCAAGGGUCGUAAGGCACUUGUCUCGGCAGGAACGUGGGUUAAGGACUUACUACCCAAUCUGCCUAUAUCGCCUGUGAGAAAAGUUUUGACGUGGUACGCUUCGGACCCGUGUUACAAAAAUAUACCAGGUUUUUUGGUAAACUUGGAGCAGGAUUUCUUUUACGGUUUCCCGGCAGAUGAAAACGGCUUUAAAAUUGCGAAGCACAGCGGAGGUCAAAAUAUCAGUUCGAGGGACGAAUUGACCCCAUUUGGGAGUCGCGAAGGAGACAGAACUGAGACGCUGAAUUUUAUAACGAACUUCUUGCCGAACACUGGCGGGAUUUUGGAGGGCAAGACUUGCAGCUACGACAUGAGUCCGGACGAAGACUUCAUCAUCGACACCCUGCCUGGUUCGGAGAACGUUAUGCUAGUGACCGGUCUGAGCGGCCACGGUUUUAAAUUUACAAGUGUGCUCGGCGAAAUCGCUGCGUUCUUUGCUGGGGACAAAAAACCGGGUUUUGAUAUCAGACCGUUUGCGUUGAAUAGAUUUAAUCAUAUGUAAAUUUUGUUUGGCGUGGUUUAAUGAAUGAUAAUAAUAAGAUUACGUUUUGUCAA